AUGGGGACCUUCAUAAAGAAGCACAUCAGGUUCAUAUGGACUGAAGCUAUACUUGCACUGCUUCUUACCGUUAACUGGGCUACCGCCAAGAACCCCAAGGACGACUUUUGUCGAAGAUUCGCACACCAAACAACCGUCAUUGACGACAAGCUUUACAUCGACGGCGGAUGGGUCAACUUUGAUGACUUCCAGCAAACUCACGAGAACUACUCCAAUACCUGGCUCGCAUACCAUGACCUCAACAACCUCGUGAAACGAGGCGGCGAUCUUUGGCCAGACCUGAAUAUCAGCCUAAGCAAGAAUGACAGUAUUCCGAGCGUAAACGGUGGUAUCCUCUGGGGCGACAGCGUCAACAAGCGAUUCUAUCUCUACGGUGGCGAAUGGAACAAUGGUUUCUCACAAGAACCUUACAGCCUACUGAGCUACGACAUCAUCUAUGACAAGUGGGACGACUUUGGAACGCCUGACAUAACCCCUCCGCCAAAGAUCGCCUCAUACGGCGCGGGUGUUGGUGUUUCGGAAACCGGCAUAGGCUACUACCUUGGAGGUUGGAUAAGCAACGCCUCGAUGAGCGGAUGGACCGAUGAUCGAACCAUGAGCUCCAACUUCUACACGUACUCCUAUGACUCGGAGAAGUUCACACAGGCGGCUAGUCUCAGCAAACAGCCGAGAGCUGAAGGUGGCAUGGUCUGGAUACCAGCUGGCGACUCUCUUGGUCUACUUGUUUACCUUGGAGGUAUUGUCGACCCUUUUGGCAACAACACGGAAGCUCCUCAGGCAUUUGACGAAGUUUUCGUCUUUGAUGCCAAUGGAAACUCGUGGUCAACCCAGAAGACGACUGGAGAGAUACCGCAGAACAGGCGUCAAUUCUGCGUAGACGUGGCGUGGGCACCGGACAAGUCUUCCUUCAACAUAUACCUCUGGGGAGGACUGAGCGUGCAGCCACCAGUCGUCAAUGCCACCUCAUUCAACGAUAUCUACAUCCUGACCCUCCCAUCGUUCAUCUGGGUGAAAGCUUACCCGGAUCAUCACGGAAAUGCAACCCUUCCUCCAAAAUACGACCACUACAGUGCAUCUUGCAACAUGGUUAAACACAUGUCGCAGCUUUUCGUCAUCGGAGGCACCUACACCGAUACUGAUGCGUGCGACCUAGCGUAUGAUGCUUGGUCAAUGCAUAAUUUCUGGACCGGAACAAAUAACAACGCUGGCAAUAACAAGACGUACUGGGCUAUCUAUAACCCUAAUAUCACUGAGAACGUUGUACCUGCUGAUGUGUACAACGUUACUGGUGGAAACAAGAAAGGUGGUGCGAAACUGGCGGCACCCAAGGACGGGUUUGAUGAGGGAAAUAAGCCACUUCAAGACUUGCUGGGACGCAGGCCAGAAAUAGCAGAGCGUUCACCAACACGCUCUAUCCCCUCUACGACAGGUACAUCAACAGCGUCACCAAAGCCAACCGAGACAAGCAACCCCGAUUCCAAGCUAUCUACUGGUGCUAUUGUUGGCAUCGCCAUCGGCGGCGCUGCAGGAGUGGCCCUUCUGCUAUUUGUAUGGUUCUGUAUCGGCAAGAAAAUCAACCGCCGCCGUGAAGAGAGACGCCAAUCUUCAAUGACACAGAAUCAGUAUCAGGGCAAUGGAGGAAACUUGAUACAUCCUUCCAGCACGCUCAGUCCACUCGCAGCGACGGGAUAUUGGGGGCAUGGAUCUGAGCCCGUAAGCCCGCAUCACAUGAGUCCUCACCAGUCUAUCUCGGUUUCGCAAGGACCACCUACAGAACUUCCUGCAGAACAACACGGGGAUGGACAUGGUGUGAGCGAGCUCCCUCAGGAUGCAGUUGGUAGAAAGACACCUGUCUCGCCUGGAGUGUCUUCUCAGAGUUGGUCUCCUGGCCCUCCUUCAAGCUACACACCGGACAGACGCAACUAG